ACCAAUAAGAGUGUAAGAUAAUUCGUUGGAUAAGAUAGAAAAUCCAGAAGAACAAAAAGACUUUAAUACUAAUUGUCAGUGGAAAUACUAAAAAAUGGAAAAGUAAAGCAGAUAAAGUUCAUCGUUAACUACACACCGACGAAAUGAGCGGAGUAAGAAAUAUGUUAAUGAGUGCUGCUGCAAUUACGGCGGCCGUCAUAGUAGGGUAUAAAGUUAUUAAAUCUAGGAAAAAAAAAAAUCUUUGCUCCCACAAACAAACAAGUGAAGAAAUAAAAAAUAAAAAAAGGCGCGAUGUUGACGAAGAAUAUCCUACUUUACAAUCUCCAAAUUGGAGAAAAGUUGGUGAAGUAUUUGAUUUAGCAAUAUUUCCAGUGAAAUCAAGUGAGAGACAAUUUUCUUCUAAAUCAUUCGAUUUUCGCGAUUAUGGAAUGUGUGUACACGAUAUGGAAACAUAUAUUUGGGACGGAAUGUUUUUAGUAUAUAACAAAACAACAGGUAAAUUUGAAGAUAGCAGAAAAUACCCUUUAUUGGAAUCAUUGUAUGUAGAGCUCACAAACCCUGGCGAAUUAACUUUAAGCAGCGUCAUAUCGUCCAAUACAAUAACAAUGAAUAUAAAUCGAGAUCGCAAUCCUUUCAAUCAAUUUCUGAAGGAGAUAUGGAAUAAAACUUUCGGAACAUUUUAUAGUUCAGAUAGAAACGUUAAUACAUGGUUAAAAAACAGGAUAUGUGAGGAGACAAAUGAGGAUGUAAUUUUGGCUCAUAUGCUUCCACGUAACUGGUAUUCGACAGGAAGGAUAAAAGACAAUUGGUUCCACUUUGUUGAUGGGUACGAAGCUAUGGAAGAAGAUAAAACGGGAAAAUUCAUAACUUUACCACGUUUUAUACUGAUGACAUUAAAGACGCAAUUAGAGGUACUUGAAAACAAUGAAAAUGUGACGGCAAAUAUUAUAGUUUACACUGACGAUGAAUCGAUAAAUCCUUUUAUAGAGAAAACCUGGAAUUGGAUAAAAGUCGGUGACAAUGUAAUUCUCAGAAAAGUCAAACCAGUUCCGAGUGCUGAUAAAACAAUCCAACAUUGUGGAAUUUAUUGUGCUUUAUGGUCUGGUGGGAACGUAAAGGUGAACGAUGAAGUAUAUAUUUACUGUUCUGAUAUAUAACACAAGUGUAAAAAGAAUAUUGUUUGAACAAAUACUGUUUCGUUGUCAUAAUAAGCGUUUGAGCUAAUUUUACUUUAUUGACUUUUAUACAAAUAUGUGUAGAUAAAUAAUUUAGUGCCUUCAAAGUCUGUAAGUGAUACACAAAAAUGGAUAUUUUACCGAUAUUAAC